AUGGACUCCACCCCAGUCCCACAACAUCUCCCCUUUAAACCCUCUUCCUCUUCUUCAGCCUCCAAACUCCCUAUCAAACGCAAAAUACCUGAUUCUCUCCACCACCACCACCUCCUCUCUCCAAAACUUGAAACUUCCUCCACCACCACACCAACCACCACAAACCCAGAUGCAAUCUCCACUCCCACCACUAAUUCUGAAUCAAAGCCACCACCUUUUAAGUUCCACAGAAUCUGGUCUGAGCCUGAUGAAAUAAGCUUCCUUCAAGGCCUACUCUCUUCAUCCUCUCAAGGCCUCUCAUUUCCUAAAGACUUGCCCUUUUUUUAUGACAGAUUCUCCAAUUCAAUGUCACAACCUUACACAAAAUCUCAGCUUUCUGAGAAAAUGAGAAGGCUGCGUAAGAAGUUUCGCAGUACGUCUUCGCGCCUUGCGCGUAAUGGGUUCAAUUAUUCAUUAUUAUCGCCUCAUGAUCGUUCUCUUUUUGGUCUCUCUAAACAGCUUUGGAGCCCUGAAUUUGCUUCAAGCUCUCCUUUUGGAGGUAAUAAGAGUACAUGUAGUAAUAGUAAUACUAAUUUUGAUGGUAAUGUGAGUAGUUUUCGUCCUGAUAAUGUUAAAAGGACGAAACUGGAUGAGGAUUUGGUGGGUGUUAAAGGUAGUUUUUUGCCGGUUUUUGCUUUGCCUUGCGAAAAUGUAAAUGUGAGUAAUGAAUUGAAUGAUCUGGAGUCGUUGGAUUUGGAUGAAUUUGAUAAUGGGUAUGUUGUGAAAAUGAGGGAAGGCAAUGUGGGUUGGGAGGUGGAUAAGGGGGUGAGUGGAUGUGGAGGUGGCUGCGGUAGUGUGGCAGUAAAGAGUGUGGCUAAGAGUGUUCUAAAUGUGUUUGACGAGUGCGUAAAGGAGGUCAAGAAGGUUGUUCUUAAAGAGAGGUUGGAUAGUUCAAUGGAAGGGAAGAAGGAGAAGGAUUUUCAAAGGAGGUGGAGGGAGCAAAGAGUUGCUGAGUUUGAUGUUUUGGCUCUUCGGUUGAGGUUGCUUCUUGACAAUUCUGCUAAAUAG